AGAGCGAAAUCGCGAGAGUUAUCGCGACGCGAGAGAGAGAAUACGGGCGAAUACGGCGGUGAAUAUAUAUUCCAUAUCGUACGACGUGUUGUCGGUGUUGCUCGUCUCGCGGAAAUACCCGGAGAAGUUAGGGGGACACCCGGAGCGCGCGCCGUUCACGCGCGCCUGCUCGCUCGCGAGUGAGAGAGAGUGUCUUUUCGCCGUACCCGCGCCACGCAAGGCACGCAACGCACGGCACGCACGGAUUAAGCGCGCGCGCGGCCCCGCGGAUCCGCGGAUCGCUCCGAUCGCCUCUCGCUCGGUCUCACGUCGUCGGCCCCUGGGUCGCCCGCUCCGAUUGGAGCAUCGUCCCGUCGUUGUCCCACACCUGGUGGUAUCGCGUAUCGUCGUCGACAUCCCCAAUAUCUCCGCCUGCCGCACACGGCGAAUGUGGAAGCCUCUGUGACGGCGUGUGCUACACGGCUGUCGUGCCACCCUGCCACCGCUGCCGUCGCUGCCGCCACUGUGCAGCCCGACCAUCCCGUUGUGCCGUCGUUUUACCGUCGGAUUUUGACGGGUACCAUUGAAGCGCGGCCGUGAAACGGUUCCCCACGUACGCGAGGAACCCGAUUGUCAACCCGAUUGUGCGGUGCCCUCGAGAGAGGCAGGGACGAGAGCGUGAGAGAGAAGGAGAUCGCCAGCCGGAGAAGGAAAAGGAGAAGGAGAGAGAGACAGACGGACACUAGAGGGAGAGAAAGCGAGAGGAGGAGAGAGGGAGAAAGAGAGAGAAAGAGAGACAGAGAGAGAGAGAGAGAGGCCGCCCGCUGGUUGUCCGCUCCGUUGCUCCACACUUUCCUCCCACCCAAGUGGUAUCAAUGUUGUCUGGCAAUGGUGUGUAAGGAGAACGUGGUAUCAUGGUUUGGGAAUCUGUCCAGUUAUAAACGUAUCGAUGUAAUGUGCACAUUGCUGAACAUGUGCUUGCCGUUUGAAGUACGAUUCCUCGGCACGUGCGUCGAGGAUAUCGGCAAGCGGGACUACAAUGACCUACGUGACACAGAACACCAUGCGAAUAGCCCCUCGGAGCUGGCCGAGCUGACGACUUCCAACGUGACGGAUAAACGCACGCGAAGAAAACUGGCUCUCUACAUGGCACUGUUGCAUUCGUGCAAUUACGCCUGUGCGGUAAUCCUGUACAAGAAUCUAUCGAACCUCGACCAUCAGGAGAUCAUCAACCUGUUAAACGGGACCAUCUUUAAACCCGACAACCAACCCUUGGAAGAGUUGCUACUGCUGUAUACGAUGGCACUGAAUCAUCCGGCCUUCACAUACGAACAGAAGAGCGUGUUCGGCAACAUAUUCAUCAAGCUCCAGGAAGAAGAAGCUCGUCUGAAUCUUUCAAAGAUAAACUCUUCUUUCAAACCGACACAAGGCUGUCCACCGUGCAUGAAUACAAAUGAAAGAUUAAUGGAGCCUGAGAUCCCGAGUAGCUGCUUAAUGCCGCCACCGCCAAUGCAAUCUUAUGGAGAAAUAGCGAUGAGGAAUAAUGCUAUGGUCACCGGAGUACCACCUGGUCUCACGAUACCUCCACCAGGACUAUGUUUGCCUGGCCCAGAGCAAAUGCUUAUGGGAUCUGGUGGUACUACGCAAUACGUUCAUCUCGGUUUCCCAUCCAUGAACCACAUGCCCCCUUGGACAAGCCAGGUUAUGAUGGGAAACCAGCUGAUGUAUACCAGCGACGUGUUGGCUUAUCCCCCUUCCCCCUUAGUCAGCCGCCAAUCCUCGCCAUCCCAGUCACGAUCUCCUAGUCGCAGUAACUCGCCGAUGGGCCGCGGCAGGACUAAUGUUAACUCGCGCGCCUCGUCCUCGCAGUCUACUCAAUCCACUUCGACCAGUCUCACAUCGUCGAGCUCAAACAGCCAGACGAGCAGCUCCGUUUCGAACAUCACUAGUAACAGCAACAACAACAACUCCCUACCGCCUCUACCAACGCCCGGCGCAAGCAGAAGUCUUCCUAGUCAAUCACCGUUACUCCCAUCAUCGCGGCCCGUUCCUCUGUCUAACAUGAGCUCAUCGGGCUUCUCCCGACAUAACAUCGACAACACUCCGUCGUCUACUAUGAUCUCGGCAACCCAAUCGAAACAACCGCCACGACUUAGGUCGUCCAACUCUGGCGAUUCCCUUCGAGAGACGCUGGGUAAGGAGAUGCCGAACUUUAAGAGCAACCUGCAGAACUUUUCUCGCGACGAGAUCAGAAGAAUGAGUGACGAAGACUUAAGGGACAUCGGCUUGACACCGAAUGCGGUAGGACAGUUGAGGAAUAUAGUCAAAAGUCAAACUAGCAAUGGCUUAAAUCAGAUUUCAACGGAUAAAAAGCUGGACAGUGGUACUUCACAUUUACUCGCCGAAUCGAUCGAAAAUGAGGCAUCAGGUAUGGAGGUUUUGGGUGAUUCAAGCAAUAGUACAAGCGGGAAAUCGAUGCCAUUACAGGAACAGCAUCCGGCGAUGCAUCAUUAUCACAAUCACAUGACUACUCCCAAUUUUCGACGUUAUCCUGGCAUGCCAUCGAUAGAUCCCGCGCAAAUACAAAUGUAUCCUGCACCACCACAAAUGUAUACAGCUCAGAACUCACCAUGCUAUGCUUGUCUCACUACUGUACCAGUAACUGGAAUGCAAAAUCGAUAUCCAAGAUGUAACGCUCAGCACGUGUUUUGCCUUGGACAACUGCAAGCGCUGCGACUCGACUCUGAGAGCAGCCGGCACUGCUCCCAAAGCAGUAGUUCAGAUAGCACCGGUAGUAGAUCACCUCCCGAAACGCCACCGGCUGCACCAUGGGUCAAUAGCAGCGGCGGUGGUGACAGCAACGUUACUGACCACAUGAGUUCCGCGCCGGUGCAUUCCACAGCGACGGCACCGCCGCACGUUGUGUCAGCACCUCAGCAGUCGUCAAUGCAAUCGUCAGUGCCACCGGAGAGCAGGCAACUUACCAGGAAGAAUUCGCAGACGCGCACGAUGCGACAGAAGAACCAGGGAAUAUUGAACGGGGCCGGCAACGGGAACGGCGGACCGCCGAGUCUAUCGCACUGCGUCUCCUUCCCGGCGCCGCCGACACACUCGCAGCUCACGUAUCUGCCGCACGGCCACUUCCCAGCUGCGCUACGGCCCAACAGCGGUAUCUACUCCAAUUUCUUGCACGGGCCGUCCGCACGACCAGCCUACCAACCAGCGUACCAACCGAACGGCGAGAUUAUAUAUCCAUACACGGGUCAUCCCGCGUCCGGUGGCACACCGCCGCCGCCACCGCCACCGAACGCGGCUGCCGCGGCGCCAGUACAAGCGUCCUACAUGCCACCUGCGCCAGUGGUAACGUACGCGGCAGCGGUGAUACCACAGACUCCAAAGAUCUCCUGUUAUAACUGCGGCAGUAAUAGUCACCUCGCGGUAGACUGUAAGGAUCAGACGAUGGAGGACAUUACGAAGAAAGCCCAAUACCGACUGGAUUACACGAUAAUGAAGCAGCCUGGGGAGUGCCCGAGUUCCGACAAGUGAUCCCCUGCCAUGGACCACUCUGCUACCACUCGUCACAAUUCUCACCGCCACUAUAACCGCAACUAUUGCCAUCAUCGUCAUCACCAAUAUCACCAUCGCUAUCAUCUUCAUCAUCACCAUUACCAUCACAAUCACCAUCACCAGCACAUCUGUCAUUGUAAUCACCAAUACGCCAAUGCGAACCGUUCUAAGGACAGCAAGGACAAGACGUUGCCAGAUGACAACCGCCACCGUUCCUCCUUUCACUUUUCGGUAAUUUUUCUAAAUGCCCUAUUCUUCAAUCAAGACGAUGAUGAUGACGAUGAUAAUGCGAAUAUUGAUGCUGACAAUGACGAUGACAAUGACGAUGACGAUGACGAUGACGAUGACGAUAACGAUAACACCGACGCCAAGUACGACAAGUAUGACAGCGACGAAACUUUUCUAACUGAGGGCACUUCGCGGUUUAUGGUACGAGGUACACCUUUUGCAAGUUCUUAUGUAUGAUAGUGAUUGAAAAGUGAUCUAACUAAAUGUAAAAAUAUAAUGUAGUAGUAUUGUACAAAGAAAGAGUAAAAGCGAGGCAAGAAAUAAUUGAAAGACCGCGUUAUACGGAACACAACGUCUUGUCUGUGUUUCUUUUACUGUAGGACACGUUUCAAGGAAUUUUUGGGUUUAAAUAGUGACUCAUGUCCUUCCAACGAUACUUAUUGGCUACUUAUCGCUGUGACUCCCACCUCGGCAAUGCUCCUAUUUUCCCUUCUGUACUCUAAAUUCUCUUAACGAAUAGCUAUAAGAGAAACGCAAAAAAAAAGGAUAAAGAAUUGUAUUGUGCCCCAAACAGGAAAGCGAAAAUUAUACGAGAUUCGACUAUAUUUAGCAAUCGAUACUUUAACUUCUAAUCUACCAUGUCUACAACGCUAUUACUAUUACUAUUAAACUAUAAUUAUUACUUCUACUAUCGCCGUUACGCCACGACGUUUUUAUGUACAUAUAUUUUUCUCGAUUCUUACGUGCGCGAUGAACCGAUAAUGACAUGUGAAAAAGAAAAAAAGGCGUGUAAUAUAUAUGAAAUAGUAUACAUUACGUAUGUUGUGCGAUGUGCGCGCGUGCAUGUGUUCAUGUGUGUAUGUACGCGCAAAGAAGAUUGAAUGCAAGAGGCAGAAAGAGAGAGAAAAAUAAGAAAACGAUAAGGGAAGGAAAAAAUAGGGAAAAAAGAAACAGGGAAAGGGAGGAAAAUAGAGAAGAUAGUGAAGGAACAACAUACCAAAAGUGUUCGAUCAUCUAGCUGCCGUUGCGCUCCUAUGUGUGUUUGUACGCUUACGUGUGCUUGCGUGUAUAUGUAUGCGAGUGUGCGUGUGUGCAUUUGUGUGUGUCUGUGUGUGUGUUUGUGGUAAAAUCAUGAAAUAUAUGUUAUAUGUAUCCUAUAUAUAAUAUAUAUUUCGUAAUUAUACAUAUGUAUUUGCUGCUCACACCUUGUUUCUUAUCUUAUACUUGUAGUUAGACGGCGAUUCUCAUAUUAUUUAUACACGAGUAGUCAUGCGAUUGCACGUGCAUUUGAAACGAUUUUAUACGACUUUUAUCGAUUGCCCAUGUAUUUGAGCGUAAUCAACGUUAAGCUUUUUUACAUGUUUGGUUGCAGCAAUUAAUGUGUUAAGCGUGGUUAACUAAAUCUUCUGUACAUCUUCUGUACACUUGUCUACAUUAUGGAAUUAUUAUUUAAAAUAGAAGGAUCGCGUUGUCAAAGCUGUCUUAAAAACUGCAAAUUUUUAAGAGGCGUACUUUUAUUGACGCAGAUUUCAGGAUAUUUUCGAAUUGACCCAGCAAAAUAUAUAAGUAUAAUGUAUUUUACACCCUAUAAAGUUUUGUCAAUUUUUCCAUCCUUUUUUUAGAACAUCGUUUAUAACAUCAUUUGUUUAGUUAUAAGCUAUGCAAGCGUGUAAGCUAUGCAUACGUCUACAUAUUUUGCGACACAAGCUUUGUAAACACAUUUAUAUCGUUACAUCUGUUAUGCAAAUCUAUUGUGCAUCUUGUUUAGUAUGUCGAUAAACGAAAUGGAUUAGUUAACCAAAGCUGCAACACUGUUGAUGCAAUGGACUCUUAGGGAGCAACAACGCAGGGUAAAGCUGAAUGUGAGUGGAGUGGCAGCCCGCUAGCAAAAUUGCUAGUGCAUUUAAAACGAUCAUUCGGAUUGUCAUCGGCGAAUGCGAAAACAGCUCGAAACCCUUUGUACAUGAACGAACUUUUACGGUUGAAUAUCUUAAAGACGAAAACUCUCCCCCUCACAGAAUCAUAUAUUUUCUUGUACGAACGGUCGUAAUACGCAAAAGUGAUUUUUUGAAUAAAAAAGAGAAACGUAAAAAUGAAAGACGAUAGAUAGCAAUGAACAAGAUAGUUGGGAAAUAUAUUAACUAGAUAAAGAGAAACCGAUAAAAAUGGAGGAAAUUGUGCUAUUUGUAAGGAAGUUACGGAAACGACUAAAAUGCUAUUAUAUGUAGCGUUGACAAGCCAAAUCGGACAUUUUCUGAGAGAUAUGUAAAAUUUCCUCAGACUUUAUUCAAUCUUUUUGAAACAAUUAUUAUGGCAAGGUGUUGUUCAAUGAAAUCAAAUUAUACCAGUUAUCACGAACAAUGGAAGGUACUAAGUCAAAUAAAUUUCGUGUAAUAAGAUAACAUAUUGGUUCAAUUAUUAGAAGUUGCCAACAAAGAUCGCCUAUCCUAGUCGUGCAAACAAUGUAGUAGAAAUAAUAUUGCUGUCGUUUCGCACUUGCAUCACUGCGAUUUCCAUAUAACAGGCAAACCGAGAAACAGAAUUAAAGAAAUAAAUUUAGAAUUAAAUGUCCGGUGAGGCUUUACGACCCGAAAAUAAGCUGCAAAUUUGUUUCGUUUGAUUGAUUUGUGACGUAUUAGCCUUCUCAUUAUGUAAUUGAGUUCUAUUAAAUAUAUAUUAAGAAUAUAAUUAAGAAAAAUGGAAAUUGCUUAAGAAUAUAGGCAUUGUAUAGAAAUUAUUUAACAUUAAAUAUUAAAAGUUUUUGACAAAUUCGGCCUGUGAAGGAUGCAAAAAGAUAACAGAAUUUUGACAUAUAAAUUUUUUAAACAAAGCUUACUGUCGCCAAGAAUACCUGAUCAAACGACAAAAAAGAUGAAUAAUAUAAUAGUUUCAUAUGAAACGUUUGCUGAAGAGAAAUCGACUCUUUAUUUACAUUAUUCUGCAUUCAUUAUAAAUCUAGAUGAUAUUAGAUUCUCAGACAUCCGUUAUACAUUAAAUAACUAAUCGUUUCCCACAGUUUUUGUAUGCGGCAUAUUUUCGUAUUGGGAUAAAUUUCUAUGAAAAAAGAUCAAUGGCCGAAAUAUUGUUCCUGGAAAAAUGUUGACCCGAGCUUGUUUGUUACUAAAACCAGCCCCGAAUAUUAAAAGGGUUGACGAUUGGGCAUUAGAUGUUGCACAGUUCCUGUUACUGUUAAAAAUUACAAGAAUGUUAGAAGGCUGUCGUGUAUGUACAAUUGCUAGAAAGGUUGAUAGAAAGGGCUUGAUCUUCGCGGUUCCAUACUUUUUUUUUUCAGAAACAAAGCUGAUAACAUGUCUCGACAUUGAUUUAGAUAAUUUGUGCUGUUGCGAUUGCAUUUUUGAUAUCAUUUUAAGGUCGUAUUUUUAAUUAAUUUGAGUCGUUUCGGCAUUGAAAUUUUUCUAGAACUACGAAAUCUAAGAGCACAAUGGCUGAAAAAAUGAAGGAAAAGAGUACAAGACUCUAUCAAAUAAUAUCAAGGUUACUAGUUAAAAAUUUGAUAGGGGUCAAAAUAAUCGCUUUGACUUCUCGAGUGUUAAGACAAGUUGAUUACGUCCGUUGUUAAAUAUAUAUAUCAACAAAAUGUGUCGAACGAAAUUUGUAUAGCGACUGUGAAUAAUACAUAUUACUGUUCAUAAGUUGUGAAUAUGGAUGAAUUAAAAAAAAAAUCUAUAGAAAGGAUCAAUCAAAAAGGAAACUCACGAGAUACUCUAGAUUAGAUUACGCAUUUGUCACAAAAAUGUAAAGGGAGUACAAGAUGUAUAGUAAAAAUAAUAAAAUUAUAAAUAAAAGGAAAGGAUCUAGAACUUUAAGAGCGUACUCUUCUAAAGGAAUAAGAAAGCCUUACUUUUAAGUGCGUACAGCUUAUUGUCAGCAUGUAUUUAAUCUUUCGUGAAAAUACUUAAAUGUAAUUAUAUUCCUGUAAACGUAAUUAUAUUAUUGGAAAUACUUAAA